AUGGUGGCUUCCAGUAGCAGAACAGACGGUUCUCCGGGAGAAGUCAUUUGCCACUGGAAUAUCAAUCGCUUGACCAGGUGCUCCAGCCGUCAACUUAUUCUCGUGUGGCCCGUUAUGAAGUUCUUGAUUUUGUCUAGCUGCGCUAUCUAUUUCAUCAUUUUUAUUCAGUGGCACAACAAUUUCUACAGACAAACAGAUUUGCAUGGCUCUCUGACGAUGACAGUUGAUCGAGCAACUUGUUGUCUGUCACUCAAUCAGCAAGAAGACAUUUGCGGCCGCAAAAAUUGCACUUUGACGUGUACGGAACCGGAGCCUUCGAUUCCUGAACUUGACAGCGAUCCAGCCAAUUUCAAUCGUGACAGGGCCUUUUUUAUUGAAACGUCCGGCAGCGGUGGCUUGAGCGUUCGACAGGCUUGCGCUGUGGAAUCACUCGCCUUGCACAACCCGAACCUGACGGUCUACGUCCUUUUCGUCAACGUCAAAAUCAACACCAGUCUAGACACUGUGCAGGAACUCGAGAAAAAGUACAAUAACGUCCACCUAAUCAGCAUCAAUUUGGAUGAUUACAUGGCCGGAACAGCGCUAGAGCAUUGGUAUCACUGUUCCGAUUGGAGAAAUGGAUUUCACGUCAACAAUUUGAGUAAUGGACUUCGUUUGCUGACUCUGUCCAAAUACGGCGGAUAUUAUUUCGAUCUCGACAUCAUUUCCGUGCGACCCGUUACACCAGAUGUGUGGGGACACAACGGUCCUUCAAUGAUUUUACGAGUCUUGCAAAAGUGGUGCAACGUUGGCAAUUUAACGUCGAUGGAUUACGUCACAUGUCGGGGAUUUAAUGUUCUGCCGACAUCGUCGUUCCAUCCAGUUCAUUAUUCCAAGAUGAAUGAAUUGUUCAUCCGGCGAAUGGCCAACGAAACGGAUGGGCUAUCCGAUUGGUUGACUGAGAAAGUGGUCGGAGUUCACAUUUGGAACAAGUUGAGCAAAGACCAGCCGAUUUACAAGAAUUCGACGCAGGACUACAAUCGACUGGCUCGAGAUCAUUGUCCUGCCAAUUUUGCCAUUGCCCCGGAAACUUUUUAA